AUGACAAGAACGCAUACCAUCAACGUUGCUGUGGUGGCUUCGUCCCGUGCUGUGAUAUCGGGUCGUUUGACUGCAGCUACUAUUGUGAUCUCGCUCGAUACUGGUAAGGUCACUGCUGUUUUUGACUCUGUAAUACCAGCCAAAGACUUCCCUGCUGAGGUUUCUUAUACCGACUACUCGCCUCAUGUCCUCUUACCUGGGUUGGUCGAUGCUCAUGUUCACUUGAAUGAGCCUGGCCGUACUGAAUGGGAAGGCUUCUACACUGGCACCCAGGCUGCUGCCUUUGGCGGUGUUACCACUGUCGUCGAUAUGCCUCUUAAUGCUAUCCCACCUACUACCACUGUGGCUGGUUUGAAAGAGAAGAUCAAGGCUGCCCACGGUAAGUGCUGGGUGGAUGUUGGCUUCUACGGUGGCAUCAUUCCCGGCAAUGCCGCUGAAUUGAAGGGUCUUGUCAAAGAGGGUGUCCGUGGCUUCAAGGGCUUCCUGAUUGAUAGUGGUGUGGAAGAGUUCCCUGCUGUGACUGCUGAUGAUAUUCAGAAAGUUAUGAUCGAACUGGCAGACGAGCCCACAACGCUCAUGUUCCAUGCCGAGAUGGUUCCACCCAUCACCGCUUCUGUUGGUGAUGAGGUUCAGAAGUCAGAAGCCCCGGCUGCACCUGCCGGUCCUCUAGAGUCCUACUCAACUUUCUUGGCCUCUCGACCAUCAGAGUUUGAGAUUUGUGCCAUAGAGUGUAUCAUCUCCAUGGCCCGUCUAGCCCCAAAUCUUCCUUUGCACGUGGUCCACCUCUCAGCCAUGGAGGCUAUCCCAGUCCUGCGGGAAGCCCGUACCCGCGGUGUCAAAAUCACUGCUGAAACCUGCUUCCAUUAUCUGUCCUUGGCUGCAGAGGAGGUACGUGACGGUGACACUCGACACAAGUGUUGUCCACCCAUUCGGUCGCAGCUGAACCAGGAUGGCUUGUGGGAUGAGCUGGAGAAGUAUGGCACAGAUGGAGUAAUCAAGACAGUCGUAUCAGACCACUCUCCCUGCACUCCAGAUCUGAAGAUGCUACCUGCUCAUGUCCCCGGCCACGCCGAGGCUAGCAAAACUCUUGCCGAUGAGGAGACAGGCAACUUCUUCUCCGCCUGGGGUGGCAUCUCAUCCGUCGGUCUGGGCCUUCCAAUUCUAUGGACCGAGCUCAGUCGCCGUAAAGGCCUUAUUUCCUCAAAGGACGAGAAGACCAGCGAAGCCCUGGAAGACAUUGUUCAGCUGUGCUGUGUAAACACUGCCGCCCAGGUCGGCCUUCAGUCGAGCAAGGGUGACCUUCUUGUGGGCUUUGAUGCUGACAUUUGUGUCUUCGACGAUAAUGCCGAGUGGACCGUUGAGCCUAGCACAAUGCUCUUCCGUAAUAAGUGCUCUCCUUACCAGGGCCGCACUCUGCGCGGUAUGGUCCGCGAGACUUGGCUGCGUGGUGAGCGCAUCUUCAGCCGUGAGAAGAGCUUCGGCGGCAAGAAGCCGACUGGCAAGCUCCUUCUCGAGAAAAGGGUCUGA